AUGUCAACACCAACUCGAUCUCUAAAUCUCAAUCGUCAUUCUGAUGAUCCUCUUGAAGGAAUCAGAAAAAAGACAUGUACUUCAUUACACAAAUCACUCCAAACAAGUCAUGAAAUGCAAUCAGUGACAAUGACCACAGAACAACUUGCUAUAGCCUUUAUUCAACUGAAUGAAUUCUCUACUGCAAGUGCCGAGGAUCUUUCACGUAUUGCAAGACAGAUAUGUGUCUUGAAGAGGCAACUAAGAUUUUCCUCUGUAGACUUUGUCAAAACAGUAUUAAGCAAUCUUGAUCCUUCAAAAUCAUAUCUAUCUGUUUUUCAUCAACUAGCUGGCAUGACUAUAUCUGAAACUAAUACCGGAAGAUUCGAUUAUGUGGCUAGUCUAAUCGCAAUUGAAUGGAAAUUGACAUACAGACCAACAUGGAAUCAAGAUACUACUCUGGAUAAAAUCCUCGAGUCUUCACUCAAAGCAUUUGUUGUAACAAGUGAGCCAAUGAGGGAUGGUGUUUAUUUGGAACACUUUCUCCAACUACUACAAGAUCCAAACAAGUUGAAGAUCUUUAGCCGGCAAGAACGCCAGAUUCUUGUGACAACCCUCUUGGAUCGGGUUCUGUGGCAAACGGAUGCUAUUGAUUGUUCGGUCCAGAGUAUAAUGUCUGCAAAGGAGUUGGUGUGUGCAGAUGGCUCAAAAUACUUUACAACGCGUCGGUCUAUAUUGGGUUACCUUACAAGCUGGCUGAAAGACGAGAAACAGCCUAGCCCUGCAUUCUAUUGCCCUUUAUUACCUUGCUGUGCAUUGGAUAAAGUACAUGCUACUACAAUGAAUCUAUCGAAUAGUACUAUAAUCCUGUCUCUCUGUCGUGCAAUGUGUGAGUCUCUUGAGGGAGAUCAGGCGAUAGUGAGGAUAGUAGAGAGUGUGAGUGCAUAUACAAGCUUGAUAUUUGAAGAACUAUCAAACCAGGCUGAUUUGGGAAGACUUGCACUACUACUGUCCUUUAUACAAAUCACGCUACACUAUAAGGGUGAUUCUGUAGGACUCAAUUAUGCCUCCUGGUUCCAAUCAGCACUUAUAGACCCAAAUACCACAUGUUUAAAAACCAAGAAGAAUGGUCAAGUAUUGAUAAAGUGUCUUGAAGACAUGAUCCCAUUUGAAUCACCAGCCAUACUUCAGAUCCAUGCAAGAGCUCUCUAUGGCUGUCAAGCAUUGCCAUCCUCACACUACAUAUCUAUUGUUAAGACACGUUUAUUGGAUUUAGGAUUGGAUUCUUCUCUUAAGCAAUUACCUCUUUCGAUCAAUACCCCCCUCGUAACAGAAAAGGGGAAAGUUGUACGUGGUCAUUCAGCAUUGGACAUCCAAGAACUCGUCCAAACUUAUGUGAACACAAACACUGUUCCAAAGUCAUUGUGGGAGGCAUCUAUUUUUCAGGCGCGCUGGUUCAAAGCAACAUUUCUGCCAGCUUUGGUGUCCUGGAAUCACACAGACCAACAGCUGAGUGUGGCACACAAAAAGUUGAUCAAAUCGCUCUAUGAAAAAGGAAAGAUGCCAGAUGGGCUUUACCGAGAAUUCCAGAACAUGGUUUAA